UUUGCGUAAGGGAGUGCUUUGAUUCUUUUCAGGUUAUCAGGAGGUUACGAGAGAGAGGUGAGCCGAUCAGACUGUUUGGAGAAACAGAUUAUGAUGCUUUUCAACGUCUGAGGAAGAUAGAAAUUCUUGCACCUGAAGUGAACAAGGGCCUGAGAAAUGAUCUGAAGGCUGCUUUGGAUAAGAUUGACCAGCAGUAUCUGAACGAAAUUGUAGGUGGCCAAGAAGCAGGAGACGAUGACUCACAGAAUGACUUGAAAGUCCAUGAGGAGAAUACUACUAUUGAAGAACUAGAAGCUUUGGGAGAAUCCUUAGGACGGGGUGAUGAUCACUAUGAUAUGGACAUCAUAACGAAGUUCUUGAAGUUUCUUCUUGGAGUUUGGGCUAAGGAGCUGAAUGCCAGAGAAGACUAUGUGAAACGGGGAGUACAGGGGAAGCUGAACAGUGCCACUCAAAAGCAGACAGAAUCGUACCUGAGACCACUUUUCAGAAAACUUCGGAAAAGGACACUUCCUGCAGACAUCAAAGAAUCAAUAACAGAUAUUAUUAAAUUCAUGUUGCAAAGAGAGUAUGUGAAGGCAAAUGAUGCCUAUCUUCAGAUGGCUAUUGGAAACGCUCCCUGGCCUAUUGGUGUCACUAUGGUUGGCAUCCACGCUCGAACCGGUCGUGAAAAGAUUUUCUCCAAGCACGUAGCCCACGUUCUCAACGAUGAAACUCAAAGGAAGUAUAUUCAGGGGCUGAAGAGGCUCAUGACCAUUUGCCAGAAACACUUCCCAACAGACCCAUCAAAAUGUGUGGAGUACAAUGCUUUAUGAGACUCUGCAGUGUCCAAGGCGUGACUCAUAUUUUGAUCUCCAAGACCCAGAGAGGACUGAAGAGACAGAGUUUGUGCUUUUAACACCACCAGCAACCUAGGGAGGGCUUUGCGAAAAAGCAUAAAGCAGCAGGUUUUCUACAGCUUCCUUUUUACAAGACCCAUUUAUUUAGAUUUCUUUUUAAAUCUAUGCUUUACGCUGAACACAUCCAAUAUACAGCGGAGGGGGGUGGGUUUUGAGGGAGGUAUGACCAGGACAGUGAUCAGGGGACAAUGAACAUGACCCU